CAGCUUGAGAUCUUAUUGGUUGAAAUGGAAGGCAGCGCUUCAGCCUUUGGCACCGCAGCCAAUCAGCAACGGGCACUGCCAAGUCUAGCCAAUGAGGGAGGAGCGCGCAACGAGUCGGCCAAUGGAAGACCCACCUGCGCAGAGGCGGCCAAUGGGGUCACAGCGGAGAUGCCUGCGGUGUCCAAUCAGGUGUUAGCAGGGCUGGCGUCAGCCAAUGAGGAUGCUUGGGAUUGGCGCAGUGAGGGGGCGUGGCUCCGGGCGCCAUGUUGGGGUGGGUGCGGGGAUGUGUGGGUCACAUGGGACGGCAGCAGGGUGUCCACCAAUCAGAUGGGGGAUCCCCAAAAGAGGCACCCGGACCCCCAGAAUGCAACGCAUGACCCCAAGAUCCCAACGCGUGGCCCCAAAAACCCAACAAUCGGCCCCAAAAAUCCCACGGAAGUCCCAGAAAACGUAACUGAUGUCAACAGGAACCCAACCGAGCUCCUCUGCGACCCCAAAAACCCAGCGAUCGACCCCAAAAUCCCCACGGAAAUCCCAGGAAGCGUCACCGAUGUCAAUAAGAACCCAAUGGAGCCCAACAGCGACCCCAAAAACCCCACAACCCACCCCAAAAUCUCCAUGGAGAACCCCGAAAAGCUGACUGAUGUCAACGAGAACCCAAUGGAGCUCAACGGAGACCCCAGAAACCCAACAAUCCACCCCAAAAACCUGAAUGUUUUCAAGCAGACCCCAACUAAUGACCCCAAUGCCCCCCAAAACCCAACAGAAGACCCCAAAAACCCAACUGUUGUCAAGCAGGUCCCAACUGAAGACCCCAAUGCCCCCCAAAACCCAAUAAUUGGCCCCAAAAACCCAACCGUUGUCAAGCAGACCCCAACUGAAGACCCCAAGGCCCCCAAAAACCCAACGAUUGACCCCAAAAACUCAAGAGAAGACCCCAAAUAUCCCAGAGAAGACCCCAAAAAGCCAAGAAAAGACCCCAAAAACUCGAGAGAAGACCCCAAAUAUCCCAAAGACCCCUCAAAAACAAGAGAAGACCCCCAAAACCCAAGGGAAGUCCCCAAAUAUCUCAGAGAAGACCCCAAAAUCCCAAGAGAAGACCCCAAAUUUCCCAGAGAAAACCCCAACAACCCCAGAGAAGACCUCAAGUAUCCCAAAGGCCCCAAAAUCUCAAGUGAAGACCCCAAAUAUCCCAGAGAAGACCCCCAAAUCCCAAGAGAAGACCCCAACAACCCAAGAGGAGACCCCAAAUAUCCCAAAGACCCCAAAAUCCCAAUAGAAGACCCCAAAUUUCCCAGAGAAGACCCUGAAAACCCAAGAGAAGACCCCAAAAUCCCAAGAGAAGACCCUGAAAACCCAAGAGAAGACCCCAAAAUCUCUAGAGAAGACCCCAAAUAUCCCAGAGAAGACCCCCAAAUCCCAAGAGAAGACCCCAACAACCCAAGAGGAGACCCCAAAUAUCCUAAAGACCCCAAAAUCCCAAGCAAAGACCCCAAAUUUCCCAGAGAAGACCCUGAAAACCCAAGAGAAGACCCCAAAAUCCCAAGCGAAGACCCCAAAUAUCCCAAAGACCCCAAAAUCUCAAGUGAAGACCCUGAAUAUCUCAGAGAAGACCCUGAAAACCCAAGAGAAGACCCCAAAAUCCCAAGCGAAGACCCCAAAUAUCUCAGAGAAGACCCUGAAAACCCAAGAGAAGACCCCAAAAUCCCAAGCGAAGACCCCAAAUAUCUCAGAGAAGACCCCGAAAACCCAAGAGAAGACCCCAAAAUCCCAAGCGAAGACCCCAAAUAUCUCAGAGAAGACCCCAAAAUCCCAAGCGAAGACCCCAAAUAUCCCAAAGACCCCAAAAUCCCAAGCGAAGACCCCAAAUAUCUCAGAGAAGACCCUGAAAACCCAAGAGAAGACCCCAAAAUCCCAAGCGAAGACCCCAAAUUUCCCAGAGAAGACCCCGAAAACCCAAGAGAAGACCCCAAAAUCCCAAGCGAAGACCCCAAAUAUCCCAAAGACCCCAAAAUCCCAAGCGAAGACCCCCCCCCCACGGCGGGCUGGUGGCUGAGCCCCGACUCCUCCUUCUCCAAGCUGAUUCUGCGCCGUGGGCGCGGGGUGGAGCGCCCUGGGUUGGGGUCUCGGUGCCGCGUUCUACUGGAGCCCCCCAAAACGGCCGGGGACUUUCAUUGGGAUCCCCAAAACGCAACAAAUGACCCCAAAAAUCCAACGGAGGAUCUCCGAAAACCGACCGAGGUUCGGAAGGAUCUCCGAAAGGCGACGGAAAACCCCGAAAACCCAACGGCGGGACCCAAAAAUGGCAGGAAAGACCCCAAAAAUUCAACCGAAAACCCAACGGCGGGCCCAAAAAAUGGAAGGAAAGACCCCAAAAACUCAACGGAAGAACCCGAAAUCCCA